CAGGCUCAUACCACGGUAAUAUACAUCCCAGCCUACUAGCAUAUGACAAUAAAUAAUGGUUUAAAAUUUGUCUAUCAUUUGAAAGUCUGUAACAUGGAAGGAAUUCCUCAAGUGCAAACAUUCAUUUACUUAUUAGUAAUUGAAAGUAAUUCACUUUAAAAUGCAGAGUGAUUACAGCGAUUGCAAACAAGAUUUAAGACGAAAUGAUACGCAGUCAGUGUUGGAAUCAUUCAUUGCUGGAUCCUGUUCUGGGACAGUGUCCACUAUUUUAUUCCAACCUUUGGAUCUAAUCAAGACCAGACUUCAGAGUAAAGUAACACGGCCAGUAGGCACCCCUUCACCGGGAAUAUUGGAUAUUGCGAUCUACGUAAUACGUAAUGAGAACGUGUUUGGAUUAUGGAGGGGCAUUACACCAUCCCUAAUCCGAGUGGUACCUGGGGUUGGAUUAUACUUUGCUUCAUUAAACUGGUUGCAAAGUACUCUUCAUCUCAAAGAGCCGUUAACUUCCCUGGAAGCAAUUGCAUUGGGUAUUACCGCUCGUUCUAUGGCUGGCAGUAUGCUCAUUCCUGUUACAGUUGUCAAGACACGAUUCGAGAGUGGCAUUUACAAGUACAGUAGCAUGCGCUCGGCUCUAUAUGCUAUUUAUAAGUACGAAGGUAUCAAAGGUCUGGUGUGUGGUCUAGUGCCAACGUUAUUUCGCGACGCACCUUUCAGUGGGCUGUAUCUCAUGUUCUAUACUCACUGCAAAAAAGCAAUACCCCAAGAUUACAAAAACUCCAGUAGAACAACUUCAAUUCACUUUGCGUGUGGACUGUUUGCUGGAUUAUUGGCUUCGUGUGUAACUCAACCAGCAGAUGUAAUAAAGACCAGAAUGCAGAUUUAUCCUCAAGAAUUCAAAACACUGUACACUUCUCUUGUUUCUGUUUAUAACGAACACGGAAUCCUUGGAUACUUUAAGGGGAUCGUGCCUCGUAUGUUACGGAGAACAUUAAUGGCUGCAAUAACGUGGACGAUAUAUGAAGAAGUAACUAGCAAAUAGACAACGUUUUCGGUGGUGGUUAUUCGUUCCGGUAAUCAGAUGAAUAGAGAAAUCAUAGUGUUUUAAAAUACGUGUAUUGUAAUGUGGCUAUUUGGUCUGUGGAUUGGGUAGUUCAGUGGCCAGAGCAGUCGCCCAGAAAGCGAGAGGUUCCAAGUUCAAAGUCCUUGCUAGUCCAAACCGUGAAACAUUUUUGCCGAACCGACCGAAUUGCACGUCACAAUACAUGUCUGUGCAAAUGUACAUAUAAGGAAUAUACCCGAGAAGUUUGCUCAUCAUACACAUGUUUAUGUUUGUGUGAAAUGAACCAAGGAGGAUAUUUUUGAUUAUAACUGAGCGGUAUAAUUAAAUUAUAAAUUAUAAUUAGGCCUAAAACGUAUGAAUGAUGAAAAUGUAAGAAAUCAUAUUUUUAACCAUACUGUGAGUAUUUUUAUGCAGAAAAUUACGUAUAAGUAUAUUUAGAAAUAAUAUCUAAUGCGAG